CAGAGGCUUUUUGCGGCCAGUUGUGCAUCUGUUUGUUGGCUGGUUUUCGAUUUGAAGCAUCUUCAGCACGGGCUCUGAUCUGAGGCGUUCACCAGGAAUACAAAAGGGAAUAAACAUUCUUCAAAUAGCAGCGCAAAAGCUGGGAUGGUGCCGACUGCAUACUUUCUGGCACUUCCCUUCAUCUGGACAGGAAUAGCUGCAAAAUUACCCGUCCUACCAUGUGACCAGCUCAUGUUUGAUAGCAAUAUGGCCAACUGCCUGUCAGACUUCAACAGGAGCAUGGAGGCAAGAGGUUAUCGGGACAGCUGCCCAUGGCCUGAAGUCAAAGGCAUCUACAACAAACUGAAGCUCUGUGUGGACGACAGGACCAUUAAUUCUUGGUGCAGCGUUGAAGGAUUUUUGGUAGACAAGGUCUUCUUGGGGGUCCAUCAGACAUACUUUCAUCAAUGUGGACAGGUCCAAGACCCCCCACUCUUUACUCUCAUUAUGUUAAUAGCACCGCCCAUCGUUACCACACUCUUCAUGCCGAUUCUGUGUUUUAAACUCACCACCUGGGAAACAUAGAUGCCCAGCAGCGUUGAGCUAUGAGCUGCAGUGUUGUCAGAUGACUGCAGAAUUUCCCAACACAUUAUGUUCUUAUAGUUAUGACCGUUUUUUUCAGCGCGACUAACUAACUUAAAAAGAAGUACGAUUUACCUGCUGAGAUCGGCAACUAUUUGGCUAACGAAGCUGGAUGCCUACACAUCGACACCUGCUGUUUUGUUAAGUGUGAUUCUUUGUGAUACAAUAGAUUAAUGGUCAUUACUGAAGCAGUAUAAUAGCACCGUAUAAACUUUGACUGAACUGGUGUUGUCUAAAUGAUAUUCAAGAAAUUAAAGGCAGUUUACCCAGAGGAAUACUGAGAUGAGUAAUAUAACUUGAAGCCAAUCAUUUCAAUGCAGAGAAGGAAAAAUGUACUUAAAAAUAAAAAACUUUAGGAAUAAGGCUUUCAAAUAAUCCUUGUUAACUGAGGCGUCUGGAAGUUUUUACAGUGAAAUGUGCCAUUCAAAAGGGCAGUGUUGAGAUUUUACAUGACAGCAGCAGGAAGCAGGAAAGAGCUGCGGCAGCUUAACUACGGCAAUCAGAGAGGGACAAAACAGCAAGCAUUUAAAAAAAAAAAAAACGCAUUCAUGUUCAGACUUUAAUGGCAUCACAACUAAGGUGUUGAUGCUGGCAGCCUUAUGUAGGAAUAUAAAGUUGUUAUCUAUCUUCUAAAUAUUUCUAAACAGAGUUGGCCAGUGAAAAGCUGUCAAUAACAAUUGUCACCUACUAAAAUAGUCAAAGUUAUUAAUAUUUAACUUAAGUAAAAAAAAAAAAUCAAAUUUUCUUGUAGCCAAAAGCGUUCUUCUUGCACUGAUUUUUGGUAACUUCUAUAAAAAAUAUACAAAUUAACUUUUUGAUUCACUUGUAAUUAUCCACCCAUUUUAUUUUCAACCGUCCAAAGUUUAAUUUGCCUGAAAAAUAAAUACUAAAAAAUAUAGCAACUUGCUAUUAAUGACAAUUAUCCCUCCAGCUUUUGUUUCAGGCACUUUUAAUCCCAACAUAGAAUGAAUCAGUCCUGUCACUGAUAGUCUCGUCUGUUUCUUGUAAGUCAUGUUGAGGCAUCAGACUGUUUUAUUUCCACCUACAAACUUCUCACUGGAGAUUCAAACUUGAUUUAAAUGUAGACUGCGUCAUAUUAAGCAAAUGUUACCUUCAAAGCAAUUGAUAAACAAUUCAUCAAAUGUUGUGUGUAUAAGGAGAUUUUCCAUAUGAAACAUUCUGCACACAUAAAUCCAUACUUGACUGUGUAAAUACAUUUCUGUGAAUUUUUCCACUUUCUGGAACUCAUUAUUUUGUCAUAUAUGCUGAAGCCCACCCAACUCGCACCUAUAGAAAGUAAAGGAAAACAAAACACUGUUAAUGAUUUACUGCACUGUUUCACACCAACCUCACAAAGUCAUACUUAAAUCUCUUUGUACUGACACUCUAAAGAUGACGAAGAAGGGUGGUUCUGUUUGUAUUUGAAGUAUAAUAAAUAUUUAUUUCAGUUUA